GCACCCAGGAUACGCGAUAGGAGGAUAGAAGAGCGAGCGAGACAGGACGUGCUCUACACUCUCUAGUCUCGCUGUGCGCACGUAUAGCUAUAGCUUGCGUAUACACACACACACACACACACACUGCCAAGUGCUGUAGGUACACAGAGCGAGGCACACUGGGGACAGACCAGACUAGCAGCCAGCCAGACACAUCAAAGAUGGCUCCUGUGCGAGCUGCAGCAGGCAGUGCCGCCGCCACUUGACGCAGCGUCGGAGAAGAGCCAGCGGAGAGCCGCCCUGGGGACAGCCCACACCGAGGACUAUUCAUCCCGAGAGGAGAAGCGAACGCUGAGGGUGGACGCGUCGACCAGUGCGCGGCUAUACAACGCAGACGAAGCGCGACACGGGCCGAGCGGCGCUGCUCCGAAACGUAUAGCGAAGACGCCAGAGAAAGCGGAGAGAGAGUGAGAGAGAGCGCCGGCUGCUGCUGCUGGGAAUCAAGCUCCGGGAGGUCGAGAGCCAGGCUCUCCGCGCGGACACGAGAUACUCAGUGCCAUUCCAGAGAAACAUCAUCGCUGUGCUCAAAGAUUCAACUAAAUGUGAUAUCCACUCCAAUAAAUUUGUAUUACCCAAUGCCUCAAAAAAACCUUUUGUACGAAACUAAAGUGCACCUGUUCGCUUGACUGUGAUGUCAUUAUUAAGUUCAGCUUUGAAAAUCAAAGCUGUACAAGACGACAAAGUCUCCUCGCUGUCUCCACAAGGAUGUUACCAAAGGAAUCUAUUGAAGCUCUCAAGGUUUUUGAGCAAUGCAGCGAUGACCAAAGCCCGAAGAACUCAGGAGCCUUUGACCAGGAUCUAAGGAGAAGCAGCACCUGUUAGGUUCGAAUAGACGCGUAAAAUCGCGACAUUUUUCGCUUUUUGCUUCACCGUGAUUCAGAGGGUAAUAAGAAAAAGCGCAAGAUAAAAAAAUGGCACGCAAGAACGAUAACGUAAAGUGCAUCAACGUGGCGGUGGUUGGGCUCUCGGGCACGGAGAAGGACAAGGGCCAGGUCGGCGUCGGCAAGUCCUGCCUGUGCAACCGCUUUAUGCGAUCGCUCAGCGAUGACUACAGCGUCGAUCAUAUCUCAGUACUCUCACAGUCGGACUUUAGCGGUCGCGUGGUGAACAACGAUCACUUUUUGUACUGGGGUGAAGUGGUCAAGCCGACGGAGGACGGCUCAGCCGACUUCCAGUUCCAGGUAAUAGAGCACACGGAAUUCAUCGACGAUGCCUCGUUCCAGCCUUUCAAGGGUGGAAAAAUGGAGCCAUAUGCCAAAAGGUGCGCCUCCACCAAAAUCACCAGCGCCGAAAAACUCAUGUAUAUAUGCAAGAAUCAACUGGGUAUCGAAAAGGAGUACGAGCAGAAGGUUUUACCAGACGGCAAGAUGAACAUUGACGGUUUUCUGUGCGUGUUCGACGUAAGCGUCGUGCCGAAUCGCUCGAUAGAGAAACAGGUCGACAUCGUGGCAAACAUUCUAAACAAUUUGAUGAAAGCAAAGAAGCCUAUAGUACUGGUAACCACAAAGAACGAUGACGCGAACGAGCAGUACGUCAAGGAAGCGGAGAAGCUGCUCAUGCGCAAGGAGUACAAAGGUUCGAUUCUGAUGGUUGAAACUAGCGCCCACGAGAAUAUCAAUGUCGACUUGGCCUUCAUGACCCUUGCCCAGCUAAUUGAUAAGACCAAGCUGCGUAGCAAGGUCAUCGCUUUCUCGGAGGCAGCGCGACAGCGCAAGGAACUCAUGGACGCCUCCACUGAGUCUUUGCAGAGGCUUAUCCGCAUGCACGUGCAAGAUUACAGAGCAAUUUGGUCACAGUCCUCGAAGAAGCUCGCCCAGCACAGAGAGUUCACUACCUUCGUCGAGCUCUUUGGCAUCGAUGCGACUCAGCGGCUUUUCCGCAGGCACAUCAAAAAACUUAAAGACGAGCAGAUCGCCAAGAAGAUACAGGGGUACCUCGAUAUGCUGCCGGACAUAUUGCACGAGAUCUGUCCCGAUGUAUCUAAUCUUAUCAACGAAGAAUGGUCAAACGUGCAACAGUACAUCAAAGAACAUCCAGACUUUGACCGAUAUUUCUACGAGUGUCCGGAGGACAUACCCUGGAUCGACUACGAUUUCGGCGAGAACAACACAUCUAAAAUACCUUACGACGUGCUCGAGACACCGGAGGCAGAGACCGUCUUCAAGAAUCACGUCAAUGCUCUGCAACAAGAGCAGCGUCGACUCGAACUUCCAAAAAGGUGGAAAAAGCAGUUCAAACAGUUACUGGAGGAGACGGGCUACGUCACUCCAGGCAAGCAGUUGUCGGAAGUCCGAGUUCUGUUCAUGGGUCGCGAGUGUUUCGAGGCGCUCUCUCACCAUGACUGUCAGGAGAUAUAUGAGCAGCACCAGAAGGAGAUCACCGAUAAGGCCAGACACAAUUUUCAGGAAUUGCUACUGGAGCAUGCAGAUCUCUUUUAUCACUACAAGAGCAUUGCUCCUACGGGCACAAUUACUCAGGACGAUAUCAAAGAGAUCACCGAUGCCCUGCUCGACGAUUUUAGAUAUAAAGCCUUGGAUAGACUGGAUCAAGACAGAAAGCUGAUGCUCUUCCAGCAUCUGGGCUUCGUACACUGUCCCAUCCGCGAGCACUGCCCGGCCUUCCCUAACUGCAUGGACGCCCUGAUCGAGAGAAUCCUGAGUACCAAAGCUCAUAGACCGUCCUCGUGGAACCACAGUAGUCAGUGGCAGCUGACUUCGGAGAAUAACCAGCUGAAUCUUGUUAUAUUAGGCAACAGUGGAUUAAGUGAGGAGUUUGCUCGUGAGAUCCGUUCGCAAACCGAGGAUGACGAAGUCGAGAUUGAUUGUCAGUUGUACACUCUGGGCUAUCGUGUCAUUGAUGGCGAUGUCGGGCUGCCUCACAAUUCGUUUACCACCUCCGAUUUUAUGCCGCACGGAUCAUUCUGUAUUUACUCAAACGAGGACACCUUCGAGUACGUGCGCUCUUCGCUUGAAAAAACACUGCUUUCGAAUCUCGAACAAGAAGAUCGGCUACCGUUUCAGGGUCUACCAAUCGUUAUUAUAUUUGUUCCUGACGGCGUGAUAGACGAGUUGGAAGCUAUGAGACUCCGCGAGGAGGGCCAAAAUCUCGCUGAUAGUUUACAAUGUCCUUUCAUCGACGUUGCAGUUGAAGAUCUGGAACAAGACAAGAGAUUUCCAACAUCCCUCGUGAAGGAUGCGCUACAGCAGCUCGUCCAGGCAAUAAACCAUCGUGCAGGCUUUUUAAAUAUUUACCAAAGUGUCAUCGAGUGUUUGGAGCCAGAUAUAAGAAUAAUAAUGUGUAUGUUCUGCGGUGAUCCUUACUCGGUAGAAAACGUAUUAGCACCACUAUUAAGUCAUCAGUGUUGCUUCUUAAGCAGCGAGCGCUCAAUAGUACUCGAAACGUUCCUUGGCGACUCAAAACGACGUGUUGAAGUGACGAUAUCCAGUUUUCACGGGGCCAAUGCUUUCAGAGAUGAGCUUGUUCAUGGCUUUAUUCUCGUAUAUUCGACCAAGAGGAAAGCCUCUUUGGCUACACUCAAGUACGCCCGAAUUUUCGCAUUUUCGCACAACAUUCCAAACCUGCCAAUCCAGAUAAUGGCGGUCACCGAUACGGGAGGCGCAAAUGCCUUCUUCACCAAUGACCUCAGCCAUCAUCUCAUCACUGAAGGAAACGCCACGGCCGAUAAACUCCAAGCGCACUUUAUGACCUCAUCCUCAUCGUGCCAACAAAAAACUGCCUUCUACACGCCGUUCUUCAAGGAAGUGUGGGAGAAGAAGCCUGAAAUCGAGCAGGCAUUUAACAUGGAGGAACCGGGCAAUCUCAACGAUAGUGGCGAGGGCACCCUCGAGUAUUCCGCACUUCACCCCAUGCCACCACCAAGACACGAGAGCUACCAUUUGCAAACACCCGACGAUGGUAUGUCGGUAACUUUCAGGAGCGGCUCGGAGUCUUACGAGCAGCUAACUCCCGAUGGAGAGUUAGGCGAGACCGGACUAAACGAGCACUUCGUCGACAAUCGAGCAACGCCGAGCGACGACAGCGACAUUUACAGCCAAGUAGACUAUCACAGAGAGGAGCGGGACCGCGAUUUCGGCAGAGGUGGCGACAUUACAAGCAAGCUGUCUGCAAUGAAGCACUUUCGCACGGUUUCAGGCUGGGUGAAGGAGACAUUCAUGCAUCAGCAGCAAGACGGCGUGACGAACAACUAUCCGCACCGGUCGUUCACAACGGGUCGCCGCCACAUAUCCCAAACCAAGUCUAGGCCCAAGGGUAACAGUCAGACCCUCAAGCAGCCUGGCAAGAUCAACCUCAAAGAUUUCUCGAACGUUACGGACGUGAUAUCGCGGAUGGCGAUAGGUGAGAAGGAUGAGCAUGGCAAGAUGAGCAUGGGCCACGCGCCUCUCGCUACCCCGGAGAUGGUAGAUCUCGGCUCUGAGUACGCCCAGGUGAGGGGAAUGGCGGUCAAGGAUGUCGUGCCGAACAUAUAUCCGCAUUACGAGGGCGACUACGUCUACACUCUGGUGCACGAUUCCAUUAACAAUAAGUCUAAGCUUAGACACAGGAGAGAAAAGGGACAGCCUUACUCUCCAUCAACGGCCUACAGUGAUUCGGACUCGGAAUGGAGUUCACUGGAGCGCCAAAGGGUGGCCGAAGCACUUGGCAAGGCAAACAAUAAAAAGACCUCGUCGCACAAGCGUACGCGCAAGAAGCGCACCGCCAUACCUGUGGCAACGCCAAAGGUUCCGUCUCUGGUUGGCAUGCCAGGAAGCGGCGGAGGUAUGGGUAACUUUGGCGACGGCAUCGUCGGGCUCAACUACAGCAUGAAGGAUGACAAGAACUGGCGCGUAGAUCCUACUGAGAGAGUUUCGAGCGAGAGUCCGGAUACCUCGGAAUCGAGCGAUCAGGAUCAACCCUGGAGGACCCGGACGAAGAUUCAUACCAAUAAACAUCCAGCAGCCAAUCUUCGCAAGAAGUUUGGAAACUCGCUGCCGCCCCAGGCUCAUCUAGCUCAAAGUUUCCAGCAUCCCUUUAAUCUUAAGCACAUGACACAGGAGAUGUUUAAUACUAUGACAUCGAAACAGCAGCGUACUCUUGUCGAAAACAACUUCACAAGUAUGCCAGACGACGAAUCCAGUCUUGACGUGUCCUCUCCGCGGGAGAUCAACUCGCCGAGCUUUGGUUUGCUAACCAAGAACAAAGACAGUCAGGAUAAGCUUACUCGUAAACGCGACAAGCAGAAGGCCAAGGAAGAUGAAAAGAUUGAGAAGCGGAGACUCAAGGAAGAGAAAUUAAAGAGGCAUGCUGAAAAAGAGCGCGAACGUGAAAAGAAGAAGCAAGAGAAGACGAAACAGACAAAGGGCGGAUCAGGCGGUGUCAACAUGUCUCUACAACCAAUGCCUCAGACACUUAUCGAGGACUUUGCUCAGAGCGAGACAAAUCCGAUACCAUUGUUCCUUGAAAAAUGCGUUAAAUUUAUCGAGGAAGAAGGCCUCGAUUCUGAGGGCAUCUAUAGGGUGCCAGGUAAUCGUGCUCACGUUGAAUUACUUUUCCAGAAAUUCGAAGAAGACGGGAAUGUUGAUAUACAUUCAUUGGAUAUUCCUGUAAACGCCGUGGCGACGGCACUCAAAGACUUCUUUUCCAAGAGGCUCCCACCUCUUAUUGACAAGGAGAGUAUGAGCCAACUUGAGGACAUAUCGGGUGCACGUGGUAUCAGCAAACCGAUGUCCGCGACAUGCAUGAAUAUGGAAGAUCGAAGCGGCAGACUCCUGGCUCUCCGCAUGAUGCUGACCAAACUGAAUUCCAUCAACUUCGAUGUGCUCAAAUUUAUAUUCCAACAUUUUGUCAAAGUCGCCGAAAACUGCAAGCUAAACAGUAUGGACAGCAAAAAUCUGGCGAUCUGCUGGUGGCCGACUCUACUGCCUAUCGAGUUCAAUGACCUCGGCAGGUUCGAGGCAAUGCGACCCUACCUCGAGGACGUUGUGCAGACGAUGAUCGACCAGUACCCAUUCCUAUUCUGUGGAAAGGAAGCCAUAGUCAUGGUCUGAGCGACGAAUGACGACAACGCCAGCUUUACUCCCAGAACGCACGAACAAACAGUUUCAUCCCAGAAACAAAGGAAGAGAAUUAUCCCACUGACACACAAACCAAGGUCUCAAAAAGCUUAGUUUGUAAUUCGUAGAGAUAUUCCGUUCGAACUCUUUAUCUCUUGCGCGAUACGAUUAGCCUUUUCCAUAAUCUAGAGUCCAGUGUAGACGAGAAGGGAUGAAUUUUUCUAAGGCUUGCAUUGGAUGUGGUGCAAGUCAGGCUCUAAGCGAAAUCCUAGGUAGGAGAAAGUGUUUCGACUUUCUCCUUUUUUUGCGAUGUCAAACGAAAACGGCGGUUGUGUAUUUAUUAGGUAUAUAUUUUAGCCAUCGUUCGUCAAGAGCGCAAAGAAAAAUAAAUUUAAAAACAAAACAAAAAUACAAAGGAAACUUAACAAAAAAAGUAAUUGAAUAAAUAAAUAAUGCACCCAAGUCGAUGUUGCUUUGUACCGACCGAAACGCUGACGGCGAUGGUUUUCCUUGAAUAUGGUUUCGCACAAGCUACAAGACGCAGUGAACGUGAGCGAGAGUGAAUAACAAUGAAACGAAACGACGCUUAUAUUGUAAUUUUAAAACGGAAAAAAUCGAGCCAUAAUCAUUCCAUAAUGUGAGAAGAGACAAAAAGUUAGUUAGUGCCAUGUCAAGUGAUCGCGAGAGAGAAAAAGAUAGGAUCCUAAUUGAGCAUUCUCACUUUUUACAAGAAAGAAAGAAAGGGAGAGUUUAUAUACUCGCAAACAACUCGUACCUAAGGAGUAUUAAAAAUGUAUCGUUACGUCUGAUGGUCAAGUCAAGUAUUUCCAUUUUGUUCGGUGUCUACUUCUUUCAAUUUUUUUUUAGUCUUUUUCAAAGAUCGUCUCUCAUGCGGGAUUUCUCGUUCUCAUUCCAGUUUUUUGGUUUUACUGAGAAACAUAAUCAUAUAAAAUGAAUAAAUAAAAAAUAUAAUUCGAUAUCUAGAGAAAAUUAAAGCUUAUUCAGCUAAUGCUCGAAAGAUAUUUGAAAUGCGUUCACGUGUAUAGGAUGUGGAAACUCUUAUUUGACUUUAUUCAUUUUUUUCUAAUUAUAUUUCUCGGUACGUGAAAAUCCUAUCUCGAAUUUUGCAACCUAUACCUGCGCCAUCAAUGUAUUUACACUUUUUACACAUAAUAUCCAGUCGAAGUAAAGCCGAACGAGAUAACGAAAAAGCAAAAAAAAAAAAAUCAAGUGUGUCUGUGUCAUAAGGAAAAAAUAUAAGAAUAAAGUUUUUCAUAGCGUUAAAUAAAAAGAGGCAAAGAAUAAGUAUAACUCAGCGAUUAACGAUGACCUCCGCGAACGCGAGAUUUUAUACAUUCGUACGUAACAUUUACACAUAAAUGUCGGCAGGAGAGUGAGAAAGAAAGCAAGAAAUAAAUAAAAUAAUAAAUGUAAUACGCGAUUAACGGAAGCCUAAGAGAAGAUCAAUUCCCAUUCAAACGCAGUUUUUUGCAUAAUGAAACUUUUGUGUAUACUAGUGGGAUAGAUCGAUAUCAUCUUUUUCUUAACCAUACUGCGUGAGUCUUGUAAGAUUAAGAAAGGGAAUCCGAGGAUAAGAGUGAGAAUAUGUACUGAUUAUCUUUCAUUGUUUUUAUUAUUUUUUUCUUUUGUCUAACAUUUUUAGGCAAGAAUUUUAUUCUUUAUGUUUUUUUUCCAUAUUUUUAGUUUUAAUUUAAAACCUUUAGUUAGCUAAUUUUUGAAGAUUUGUAUAAAUUAAUUCGCGAAUCACAUGUGUGUUAUAGUGUAUUAAAAGUCGUUUUUUUCAUAAUUUAUUUUAGUUUCUUAGCGUGCGUUUACAAAUAUAUUAUAAAUAAGAAUUGUACAAACUACUGUUCACACGAAUAAAGGAACAAAAACGAGUUGCACUCGGAUAUUUUUUGUUUCAUCGAUCGAUAUUUUGAUAACAUCGCUAUUAUAUAUACAUAAUUCUUUUAACAAUAGUGAAAUAAUAACUUUUAGAUGAGUUUUGUAUCAUUAACACUUAACAGAACAGGAAUUAUUUUAAAAAAUUGCUGAAUUAUCUGAUUCGGUCUUAUAUAGAGAGAAUAUAAUUGUCAUUAUUAUUACGAUUAUUAUUAUUACGUUUUAAUUGGAACAUGUGAUUUCACUCGGUUUCUCCACUGGAGACGCGCUAAUAAAUAUACUUAUCCCCGCUAAAGGAAAAACGAGAUUACAACUCGUUAGUGCUUUUUUACUCGCGAGAUUUUGCAAAAAGCGAUUGUAAUAAGGUGUAGCGUUUUUUCGAAGGGCCUUCGACGGUUCGAAUUCUUUCGUCACCGACAUAUACAUAUAUUAUAUACAUGCGUCCCGAUUGUCGGCCAUUGGCGAAGCAGCGAAAAUUGUAUUCGUGUUAGUAUCACUAUCUCUAUUCCUAUUGAACGUCAAUUUGACAUGAUUGGUGCGUUAAUGGUCGGCGAUAGAGAUUAUUUAUUUAGGUUUAUUAAAUCCCUUUCAUUUCCGUUCAACGUGAACCGUCGAUCGAGACGUAUUAAUGUGGGCCUAAAUGUCUGUACUAAAGUGGAGAUGGAAGUUUUUUGUGUAUUUGAAAUGAGACGCUCUGAGAAACUGCUCCGACACGAAUUCGGUCAGAGACGAGUCCAGAGGCGUUAUUGUUAGUGCGAGAAAGAGCGAGAGUCUCACUAGCCUUCUUUAAAGAAACAUAACAUAUGUGCUAUUUUUGUGAGGUGGAUUUUUGAGGGUUUUACUUUGUUUGUACCCGUUUCUAGAGAGAUACUCGUAAUAUACAGGUGCCAAAGUAGCCGCUCAAUAAAUCUAGAUCCAUCUAGUAAUUCCAACUUUUUGAAACUAGCUUCGUAAACUAGUUUGCACGCACUUUUAGAGAUGUUUACCUUUGAAAUUUUUUAAAGAAAUCAAAUACCAAUUUUAAACUAAGAUACUGAUAAGAACUAAUAUUUCUUGUAAGAGAGAAAUCUAAACCAUUUUCAACCAUUUAGCCGAAUCUUUGGACAUCCAUUUUUCAAGCAAUAUACUAUCGUAGUGUAAUCGAAACUUUGUAAGUGUUGCUAAUGUAAGAAAAUCAAAAGAUAUAUACUAGCAGACUCUCGAUGGAUAAAACGCACUCUGGACUCAGGCACCGCGAGCUUCUUUUCAUAAAAUAUAGUCUUUGUCGCGCAAAGCAAGCAGUUGCUUCCAUUUUUCAUGCUAUACUUUACGUUCUUUCGUACCUUGACAAAAAAUUGCUAAGCUUUAUUUGUUGAGAAUGCAGAAAUCGAAAUCGAAUCGGACCAGUUUUGAGGCGCCAGAAUUUCCUUAUAACGAGCGCAUGAACAAAAGAAUGUAAGCGAAAGAGAUAGAAAAAGAGAAAGAACAGAGUAAGCUGAAAAUAAAACAAUGAAUCGAAAUUCGAAAAUCGAGAUUGCGCACAAUCAGUUGCUUUAUUCCUCGAGCGACGAUUUUUAGACAACUAAAAUAAACUUACAUUGCAUUUAUAAAACAAAAAGUAAAGCACUUUUUCCGUCUCUGUAUAGACGAAUGGCAGACAUAAAAAACACAACGGCAGAUAUAGAAAAAAAUACGGGAGAAAACAAGGUUGCGACGAGUGUAAGCGCGAGCGAGCCGGCAAACUUUAUCCGAGUAAAAAGGAAAAUAACAUAAAAUUAAACGAGCGUAGAGGCGCAUGAAUGAGAUACAGAGCUAAUUUAUGUGUAUGUAUAUAUAUGCAAUUAUUUAUGUGCACAAGAGUAUCGGGGAAAGGACGAGAAAUUUUCGGUGCGACGAAAAUUAAACAUUUGUAGUUGAUUAUUGCGUAUAUGGGCGCUCUUGCAUCGUAAACAUUUUUUUUAUACCUUGCAUUGUAAAUUUAUUCGUCAGUGUGAAUUAAUUGUACUGUCGCUUGAUUAGUUGUAUUGACGAUUUGUCCAUUUCGAUAAUGAGUAAAAUUGAGUUAUGUAAACUCAGCAGCAUGACACAUACUCGUUGCGGAAAUUGCCUUUGUGAGAUUUUUUUACGCAAGCACCCUAAAUUAUGGUAUUAAUCAAUGAGCAAAGAAGAAAUUUCUACUUAUAUCGAAAAUUCAAAUAAUCGAAUCAAUGUUGCAAUAUUGUAAUGUCAGCGGAAUUUUCGUAUUUAGACUGUAAGUAAUACAAAGAAAAGCGUAAAUUAAACGAGGAAAGUCUUGUAAAGAUAUUUGUAAGACACCUUUUUCCACAAGCAUUUUGUAUAACCUUUUUUGCGUUCGAACAAAAGUUUUCCAAUUUUUUACAUGUACCGAAUAGAAAGCAUUGUAAAAGCCAAAUAUCCAAGUCGCCUAACAGUGUCAAUAUAUUAAAAAGAAAAAAAAAAGGAAAAUAGUCCGACAAAAAAAUGCUAAGAUUGUAGCGUAUGUGUGCACGAAAGUUGAAAAUCAGUCAAUUUGUGUAAAGAAAAAUGAGAUAAGAGCAAAACGUGCGGAGAGCGAAUCUCCGGCGUCCCUCGCGCGACACUCAGCCGCAUUAAAAGAGAGAGAGAGAGAGAGAGAGAGAGAGAGAGAGAGAGAGAGAGAGAGAGAGAGAGAGAGAGAAAGUAAGGAAGAGAAAUGGAAAAGGAGGAAGUUUAAUCGUAAUUCAAAUGAAGCAAAAUAACAAAAAGAAAACAAUGGAGCUUUUUCAUGUGUAUAUAUUGUUGCUUGCGUUCCGCCGCCCUUAAUAUGUAUAUCACGGUUUUUCCAAGAGAAGUUGAUGAAAACGAAGAUUAACAGUGAAAGCCGAUAAUAUAUUGCGUAUAUGUGAGCGAAUCAGAGCAGGGAAAUUAAACGAUGGCCAAUUUGCCUCGUCAGCGCGCGUAUAUGCUUUGGGAGGAUUUGAACGAAUAAUUUACGCAGUAAUGUGAUUUUGCAGGUUUUGAGUAUUUUUUGAGAUGAACUUUUUAAAAUAUAGUACAUUAUUAUCUUUCGAACCUCAUUAGGCAAGAAACUAGGCAACUCGAUAUAGAAUUUUGGCAAAUUAUUUAACGUCAUAGAAUUAGUAUUUUUUAAUGAACUCUUGAGUUUCGAACAUUGCAAAAUCAUAGGACAAAAAAAAACAGUGCAAGUAAGCGUUGGUAAUAGACGAGAGACGACUGCGACGUUUCGUUCAGCUUACAAUUCAAAUCGUGUCGCUUUUUCCGUUUGUCCACAUGCGCUACAAUAUAACGCAAAAACUUUGACACAAUUUUCGAAUGAUCGAAACGUCGCAGUUCAGCGGGGCGAGUACGUUAAUGCAUACGGAAAAAGACGGAUAAACGCGCGCUUGCUCAUAAAAGUGGUUUGCAAUAUGAAAGUGAGAUCGAGAGCAAGAGAACGAAUGAAUGGUGAGAGAAACACAAAACAAAAAAGUAUUGGUGUCCAAGAAGUAUUUAAAAAUAAAAAUCGUCUUUAUGUACAAUUUCAA